CACAUCCCUAACGUUUUUCCAAUAAGAUUUGGCGUGAACAUUUUUAUCAAUAUUAAUACGCGAAAUUAUUUUUAAGCCAACCAAAAAUUCCCAGCCAUGCAACAGAAAAUGUUGGACACUGUGAUGUUGUGAAACUCUUCGAAUUCGUCGAAAAACAAGGAGAUUCAUUGGAAAAACCAAUCAAUUUAAAACGCUGUGCAAACAGGAUCAGGAUCACCAGCCAGCAGCACACCAUCGCCAGCACAGCCGAGUAGCCGAGUGGUCCACCGCUGCUCCACACACAGACACGCAAGGACAUCGCACGGAGGACCAAGGAGCGGCAGGAUCAGGACCAGCAGCAAGAACUAGAACCGGAGGAUCAGAAGCAGGACCGGACAGGACGCGAUUCUACAACCAUGUUCACGGGCAAGCUGCAGAUUAAGGUGUGCGAGGCGAGCGGCCUGCGUCCCACAGACUUCCAGAAACGCCACAAUCUUACCUUCGGCAAACUGGCCGACGAGCAGCUCAUCGAUCCCUAUGUUUCCAUAGAUGUCGACGAGAGUCACUUUGAUCGAGCCACUACCAAGCCAAAGACAUUUGAUCCUGUUUGGAACGAGCAGUUCGUCCACGAUGUGACCAAUGUGAGCAACAUCAACUUGACCGUCUUUCAUGACGCCGCUCUGCCGCCAGAUGACUUUGUGGCCAACUGCAUCAUCUCCUUUGAGGACCUCAUGCAGAGCGAAACGGCUGUGCAGGAUCUAUGGGUCAACUUGGAGCCCCAGGGAAAGAUUCAUGUCAUAAUUGAACUGAAGAAUCGCACAGACAAGGCCAAAACUGAGACGGUCGUGGAGCAAACCGUGGCCGUUAACAAGGAGUUCAAGGAGCGCGCUGGCUUCAACCGCCGUCGUGGUGCCAUGCGUCGGCGUGUCCACCAGGUCAAUGGGCACAAGUUCAUGGCAACGUUUUUGCGUCAACCCACCUUCUGUUCGCAUUGCCGCGAGUUUAUCUGGGGAAUUGGUAAACAAGGCUAUCAAUGUCAAGUCUGCACGUUAGUUGUACAUAAAAAAUGUCACCUGUCCGUGGUGUCCAAGUGUCCGGGCAUGCGAGAUGAGCAAUCCAAAGUGGAAGUGGUGCCGGCGGGCCAGCGGUUCAAUGUGAAUGUGCCGCACCGCUUCGUGGUGCACAGCUACAAGCGGUUCACCUUCUGCGACCACUGCGGAUCCCUGCUGUACGGGCUGAUCAAGCAGGGACUGCAGUGCGAGACCUGCGGAAUGAACGUGCACAAGCGGUGCCAGAAGAACGUGGCCAACACGUGCGGCAUCAACACGAAGCAGAUGGCCGAGAUCCUGAGCUCGCUGGGGAUAUCGCCCGACAAGCAGCAGCCGCGCCGCUCCAAGUACUUGAACCAGCAGGGCGGCGAGGACAACUACGGAGCAUCGCUGGGCGGCGACGGAGACGGUGCUCCGGGGCAGUCCUUCCGCAGCGGAACGCUAUCGGCGGACAGCUUGGCCACCUCCACCUCAACGCUGACGAGCGGCUACAAUAGCAGCAGCUGUAUGAGCUUGGCGGUGGGCGGCGGUGCUGGGGGCGGGGCCACCGGAGAGACUCGGCCGGGGAAGUGCUCCUUGCUGGACUUCAAUUUCAUCAAGGUCCUGGGCAAGGGCUCCUUCGGCAAGGUGAUGCUGGCCGAGAAGAAGGGCACCGACGAGAUAUACGCCAUCAAGGUGCUCAAGAAGGACGCGAUCAUCCAGGACGACGACGUCGAUUGCACCAUGACCGAGAAGCGCAUCCUGGCGCUGGCCGCCAACCAUCCCUUCCUGACUGCGUUACAUUCCUGUUUCCAGACCCCGGACCGACUGUUCUUCGUGAUGGAGUACGUGAACGGCGGCGAUCUGAUGUUCCAGAUACAGAAGGCGCGCAGAUUCGAGGCCUCGCGUGCCGCCUUCUAUGCGGCGGAGGUGACACUGGCGCUGCAGUUCCUACACACCCAUGGCGUCAUCUACCGCGACCUGAAGCUGGACAACAUCCUGCUCGACCAGGAGGGCCACUGCAAGCUGGCCGACUUUGGCAUGUGCAAGGAGGGCAUCAUGAACGGCAUGCUGACCACCACGUUCUGCGGCACGCCCGACUACAUCGCCCCGGAGAUCCUCAAGGAGCAGGAGUACGGCGCCUCCGUCGAUUGGUGGGCGCUCGGCGUGCUCAUGUACGAGAUGAUGGCCGGCCAGCCGCCAUUCGAGGCUGACAACGAGGACGAGCUCUUCGACUCCAUCAUGCACGACGACGUCCUCUAUCCCGUUUGGCUGUCACGCGAAGCCGUCUCCAUACUAAAGGGUUUUCUCACCAAAAAUCCGGAGCAGCGACUCGGUUGCACUGGCGACGAGAACGAGAUACGCAAGCACCCAUUUUUCAACAAGCUGGACUGGAAGGAGCUGGAGAAGCGCAAUAUAAAGCCGCCGUUCCGACCGAAAAUGAAAAAUCCACGCGAUGCCAACAACUUCGACGCGGAGUUCACCAAGGAGGAUCCUGUACUCACACCGAUUGGAAACGACGUGGUGCGCUGCAUCAACCAGGACGAGUUCGCUGGCUUCUCGUUUGUGAAUCCCAAAUUCGGACCGGAACGCAAAGUCUACUAAGGCCCAACGAUCGCAGUUCAUGUUCACAUCCCGGUUCGAUUGGUCGCAGGAGGAUCUGGAGCCCCGAUUAGAUUGGGAACCCCGGUCAACGGGGUUGUUUGGCCAACCAGAUCGCCGUCGGUCCGAGCUGUCAUCCAGCGUGUAGCGCAUCUCCCCAGCACAAGCAGUCUAAUAUUUUAAUCUAUAGUAACUUCCCCCGGUGAACACGCCCCCACCUUUGUCUGUUUGCAAACGUAGUCGUGGUCCUAGUUUCGUUCCCGGUCCUGUGUGUAGAUCACUCAUCCACAUCCAACUACCAGUGCCAAUUGUCGAAACUGAGCUAAGCUUCAAAUUGAAUGAGAAGCGAGAAAAGGAUGCGAUUUGUUAAGCGCUUGUCAACCGAACUUCUUACCCAGAAAUCCUUAAAAUCCCUAACUGCUUCAAUCCCCACGCCUGUUGGAAUUUAUUUAAGUUGUUUGCCAGGGCCUUAAAAAAGGAAAAAGAAAAGAAAAAACAAGGUACCCCACCCAUCUAGUCAAUGCCCAGUGGCUGAGUGCAUUUUGUUAUUAGUUAUUUAUUGAUUGUUUGACGUGCCGAAUCUCAAGUUUCGCACUCACAGACCGACAGCAUCCAAGCAGAGCUCUAUUUAUGGGAGGCGAGGCACUUGCUCCAAGCGAAUCUCAAGGGAAUUUCUAACACAAUAGCCGCAAUGUGCCGUCUGUACUACACACACACACCCACGCCCACAUACACACAUACACGCAAUACACACAAAUCUAAUUUCAAUUUGUUUUAUGUAUUCGAAAUCUUGCACAACUUCCUUCUCAAGUAUUAAAGCGAUAUUAUUUUAAAAUUACCUUAUUGUUAUAUAUAAAUAUUUAUAAAAAUGGAAAACAAAAUGAAGCCAAAAACCCCUAAUACAAACGCAUACAAUUUACCAACAAAGAGAAAGUAAAGCUAACUAAUCAUAGAGAUAAAGCUAAAACCCACAAAGAGAAUGUCUAUAAAAUUCAUAUUAAUUUAUGCUUAACAAAUUAUGAAUACAAACAACAAAACGUGUUUAGUCUUUAAGCGAAAGGAAGAGGAGAACGAACAAAUUAUAUAUAUGAACCAUAUAAAUUGUGAAACUAAAGGCAUAUAUAAUACACACAAAAGAAAAACCCACAAACAAACACUUAGCGUAAUGAGGAAAAGCCGAACAAAAAUUAUAUGAAAUUAUGUGGCAUAGGAAGAUAGGAAACAAUAUUAAUGUUUAUGUGUUGAUUUUAAAAACAAAGACUCAAAGCUAAGUUCUAUCCGAAACAAAAUGCAUUCAAAUUUAAGCGAAAUGCAUCAAAAUUUGAUCGAUAUCCUUAAAAAUGUUAUCAUGAUUAUAAUUUACUCCAUUACUAAUUUUUGUGCGGCAAAAUUUGUUUAUGUUUCGAUUGCAACCACACUAUUGAAUAUGAAAUAAUAUUAAAUAUAAAGAAGGAAUAGCAAAGGAAGGAUAACAGAAGAUUUAUUAACUAUAAGCAGCGUUGUUAACUAAAAAUCGUAAGGCAAAGGCAAGCAUAAACACACAUUUGUAUGUAAUAAUAAACGCCCUGUGUCUAAUAAUAUUUGUGAAAUAGCAAGCCCAGCGUAAGCGCUAGUUACCCAUUUACAAUUUAAAUGUUAACCCAAAGUAUUUUCAAGAACGCAUUUUACCAAAAACGAAAAACAAAAAAAUCAAGAAAAACUAACAAAAACACGAAGAAUUGAAGGCGUAUAGGCAAAAUGUUAAAAGCUAUGAAUAAUUUUUUAAGCAAUGCGCUCAAAUGCCGUUGCAAGGUUUGAGGCGCGUAUUCAAUUAAAACAAAAGAGUCUAAAACAAAUGAAACAAAGCAAAACUCCAGCCAACCAGAUUAACUCAUUUAACCAUAGACCCUUGAUUAGGAUCAGGAGCAGGUCAAGGAUACAGCUAAACUUGCUGGUCGUUCGUUAAGCAAAAGAAGAUAAAGAAAAUAUAGAAACAGAAAUGGGAAUAGAACAAAUCGCGUGACCGUAACCUGACAACAAAAGUAAAAGUUAUAGGAAAUUGUGCAACCAAAAUGUUAGCUAUAAGCUCUCACCAAGUACGCAAAGCUGAACGCUCACCCCGCCCGCUGUUGUCUCCAUCUAAUUGCUUGAAUCCGAAAACCUUUAGUGAAAUAUCGUGGCUUGCCAAAGAGGGUUCUUCAACUAAACUCUGAAUGUACUCACUCAAUCAGCUUAGCUAACUUUUUCUGGAGUCGCGCAGCUCAAGCAAAAACUCACCCACUUACAUAUGUGCAACUUUUUCAUGUACCUUUCGCAUCUUAGAUACUUAAACGGAAUAUUAACGGAAAGCCCCAAAAAAUUGUUAAAUGAUCUAAGGCAAAACUACACAAACUACUUAGAAAAUAUACUGAAUUAUUUAUGGAACGGCGUACAAAACUAAAGCGCAACAAAGAUAGAGGAGGUUUGGAAAUGGGCAGAAUCAUUGCAAGAGUAAUAAUCAUAAACAGAAAGUAUUCAGCAAAACACAUAAGCACACACAAAGCAGAUGAAAAACCAAACUAAAACUGAGAAAAAAACAGCAUAAAUAAUGUUUAAGUUAUGUUUAAACAAGAGAUAAAUAAAUGUAACGGUAAAGUCGAAAGUCAACAGUUGAUAUGUUGUAAAAAAGCUAUUAAAAAAAGAAAAAACUAAAAAAAAAGAAAAGAUACCAAGUCAGGCAAGUGAGCGUAAUUGAAUGUUAAAAAGCUACUAAAUAAAUGGUAUGAGCAGAUGUGUGCAAAGAUAACCAAAGAAAGCAAAAUUGAAACCAAGAAAAAUUGAUUUAUAACAUUAAGUGAAAACUAAUUAAUAAAUAAAGAGGUAACACCUAUGAAAAAUGUAA